CCUCGCUCCCUCACAGCCAGAUCUAAGGACAUGCCUCAUUCACUCCUGCUGCACAGGUUUAAAGGGACUGCAAACAGGGAAAGAGUGAAACCCAGAGAGGUGUAGGGGAAUUGUAGCAGCUGCUGGAGAGCAAAAGAGGACAAGAGGUGAAAAAGUCUUUUCACUUUUUCUAAGAGAGCUAGAAACAGAGAGAGUGUGAAAGAGUGAAGCAGGAGAAAGAAGAAAAGUCUUCAGGACUGGGACUACCCAGCAGUGGGAGGUUCAUCUGGGAGGUUAUAGAGAUUUCCAGCCGAUUCCUCUCCUCUCUGCUGGGAGUCAGACCCCCAGGAUCCAGAGUCAUGGAGCCCUCUGUGUCACCCGAGGCCGAGGGGGAGCCCAAGGAGAGGAAGAAGAUCCAGUUUGCUGUGCCAGCCAAUGCACCCACCAACCUGGAUCCACGGCAAGUGGAGAUGAUCCGACGCAGGAGGCCGACACCCGCCACACUGUUCAGAGUAGCCGACCAGUCGUCUCCUGAGGAUGAUCAGUCCACCCAUCAGGUAAAGUGGGUUGUAGGAGAGAAUGGAGUACUCAAACCAAAACGAGUUAAUCCAAAUGUGUAUCAGCCGCCAUCACUCAAAGCUGUGCAGAAGAUGGCUGAAGCGCAUAUGCAGAAACUAGGUGUCUACCCUCCCUUGGAAGACCCUUGUGAAGGGGAGGAGGAUGAGGACUACUUGAAGGGAGAGGAGGGAGAGGAUGCAGCUCCCACCAAAGCUGCUGAUCGCCAAGAGACAGCUGCCACUGAGCAGUCAGACAAGUUUUCCAGCGUGAGAGAGACGGCCAAGCAGAUACAACCAGCGCAGGAGGAAGAUGAGGAGGAAGAAGACAUGAAGGGGGACAAAACUGAAGCCAUGACAGAGGAGAACAGUUGUGGGAGUAACUGAGAGAGAAAGAUAGCGUGGGGAGAACGUUUGAAGGGAAGAUGUGGGGAGACUCAUGGUGGUUAAAAUCUGAAGAACUCAGAAAAAUCAAGAAAUGGGUUGUGUGUCUUUUUAAAUGUGUGUAGUCUGAAUACACAGAUGAGAUGACAGCUGUCAGUAAACUGAGCGAUGGAUUCUUUCGUGACCUUAAACAUGUGAGAAAAGGUUCUUGUAGUACUUCACCUCUAAAGCAUGGUUUUGAAACCGAGGACGAAGAGGGAGUUUUUGUAUUAGUCAGCCCUUAUGAGCAGGUGAGGAGUGAUCUACUGACAGAGCAGACUACAGAUGCUACUUUGGCCCUGGUGUCCUUUUGUUUAUAAUGACAGUUGAAGGGCCAAGGUCAGCGUGACCAAACACCCUGCAAGACCAGACCUUCAAAGAAGGCUAAAAUGGCCACAAGGAAUACAAAGUCGACAUUAUCUUUCUCGGGUACAUUUGAUUAAAAAAACAACAACAAACUCUCCUGUAUGACCCUUUGUAAAAACACUUGAAGGUCUUUAAAUGUAUGCGGUACGUGUUCCAUUUUAUUUUGAAACCACAGCCUACAUCGUUUGUUUUUUGAUUUACAGCAGCCUCAGUGUUUAGUCCUUUGUGUGUGCUGCCAUCUUGUGGUAAAAAAUACAAAUGACAGGUUAAAGUGCUACUGCGGCUACUUAAAGUUAAAAUCCAUUAUUCAAAUUCUGUUUUGAUGCGAUUUAUGUUCUGCAUUUUAAACAACAGCCUUUUAAUUUGCUGUAUCUGAGCUGUAUGUUGCCAAAUCUUUCAUCUUAUUGAUUAUAACUUUAGCCUCUUGGAAGCUUGAAUGGCGGAUGUUGCCAAUGUUAUUUGUCACUGACAACAACAGAAGUCAUCAGCUUUAAUUAAAAUUAUCAAUUAUUUCAUUUCUAUAUAAAAAAAUCUACUUUUAUUCUUGCUUUAUAUGCUCAGCAUUUACCAAACAGUCAUGCUGUCACUGAGUCUACAUUAAAACAAUUUGCUUGGUGUUCAUGCUUAGAUCAAUGUAUGUCUCUUUUAGCUCAAAAAUCUUUAUCUGAAAUUAUAUGAACUCUGCAUUUAGCCUUGUUUUUUUCUUAUAAACCUAAAUUUAAAAUCAAUCUGUAAAGCUACCUCUAAUUUUUCAAAAACACCCAUUUGCUGCCUCUGUGGCACAUUUGAACGGGAUUCUUCAGAAACUUAUUGGGGAAAUUUAAAAAAAUUAAUUGAAAAACAUUUUCAUUUCUAAUCUAGGAUAUCUCCCUUUUGUAUGCUGACACUUUUGUAAUGUCAUCUUUUUCUCAUUCCCUAAUCGUCUGUUGAAAGAGAUAUUUUUCUAAUCCAAAAUCCAGUUUAUGGGGAGCACUGCUUAGCACUAUCCUGCUUCUGCUACCUAUAUCCAAAUACACAAACGAAUCACUACGACUACUGUGCGACUGACAUUUGGUAGACUUCCUUCAGCAUCGAAUUAAACUUUGUUUAACUGACAAAGCAAAUCUAAUGAUAAAAUUUCUAGUUGUGCCACAGGAUGAAUAAAUCUUGCUGUUUCUAUCAUCUAGGCUGCUGUUUGUAAAUAAAACUUUGUGAGACUUUUUCAACCUCUGACCUGCCUAAAUUGUGGGAUGACUGGAUGAGCAGGUUCUGUGUGCUGAGCUCUGCAGCCAAUAAUGUCCUUCCUCCUUCUUUAUAACCACCUCCCUCCUCAUCCCAGGUCAGAAGAAACAAUCAUGGAAAGACAUGUAUGAGCGCUUAAUCUGUCUUUAUUUUUCUUUUUUCCAUUCUGUUGUUUCUCAAUGUGAUGUGGUUGUUUUAAAGUGAGCAACUGUAUGAUAUCGAAAUAAACAAUUUUUCCUUUCUCUUUUA